AUGAAUAUCGUCGGGAAAAUCUUUGCACGCAUUGUUCUCAACUGUCUGAACUACCACCUAAAACAAGGUCUUCCGCCGGAAAGCCAAUGCGGUUUCCGCCGUCAUCGUGGGACCGCCGACAUGAUCUUCGCCGCCCAUCAACUUCGGGAGAAGUGCCAGAAGAUACGGACCCACAUGUACUCUAUCUUCGUGGAUAUGACGAAAGCCUUCGACACGGUGAAUCGUGAAGGACUGUGGAAGAUCAUGCAGGAAUUCGAUUGUCUCGACCGAUUCACCCAGAUGGUGAGUCAACUCCACGAUGGCAUGAUGAUAAAUAUUGUAAGAAAUAAAGCCACAUAUCUGGGCAGCUUUGGCUGUAAUUCUGUCAGCGUCCGACUCUGCCUCAUCCCCCCACGCCGGCAACAAAAACUGACCACACUCCCGAAUCGUCAAAACCAUCCUCCUCCACUGCCUCAACAUCCGCUACGCCGGCUCAUGUGCCCACCACGACUGCACACAAUCCUGACACACAGACAAACAUAAAUUCCCCCACCACCAACGCCAGCGGUGUGGACUCGAUCCUUACCUGUCCUCAUCGUGACCGCGCCUCCACCUCACGCAUCGGCCUGGUCGGCCACUUGCGAAUCCAUCGUACGGAGACUGACGAACCAGUGUCUGGAGCACCAGUCUACACUCGUCGCACUCGCCUCCACUGUUCACACUGCCACGCACAUUCCCCCACCGCAUAA